AUGGCCCUGAGCGAUGUGGACGUGCAGAAGCAGAUCAAACACAUGAUGGCUUUCAUCGAGCAGGAGGCCAAUGAGAAGGCAGAGGAAAUAGAUGCCAAAGCCGAGGAAGAGUUCAACAUCGAGAAAGGGCGCCUCGUGCAAACGCAGAGACUAAAGAUUAUGGAGUACUAUGAGAAGAAGGAGAAGCAGAUAGAGCAGCAGAAGAAGAUCCAGAUGUCCACGACGAGGAAUCAGGCACGGCUCACAGUGCUGAGAGCCCGAGACGACCUCAUCUCCGAAUUGCUCAAUGAUGCCAAGCUAGGGCUUUGCAGGCUUGUGGAGGACCCAGAGGUUUACCAGGAGCUUCUGGACAAGCUGGUGCUGCAAGCCCUGCUCCGCCUCCUGGAGCCCACGGUGAUUGUGCGCUGCAGGCCCCAGGAUGUCCUGCUGGUGGAGGCUGCGGUGCAGAGAGCCAUCCCUGAGUACGUGCUAGCCUCCCGGAAACCCGUGCAGGUUCGGCUUGAUGCGGAGGCCCACCUGGCUGCCAACGCAGCUGGAGGCGUGGAGGUAUAUAGCAGUGAUCAGAGAAUCAAGGUUUCUAAUACCCUGGAAAGUCGGUUGGAACUGUCAGCCCAGCAGAAGAUGCCGGAAAUUCGAAGGGCCUUGUUUGGAGCAAAUGCCAACAGAAAAUUUUUUCUGUAAGCUGCUGCGAAGUGAUGCUUGCGCGGAAUUGCUGAACAACAGAGGCAAAUGCUCUUGGGCAAAGGAAACGGGUCUCGGGUCUUCCCCUUUGAUGCUCUGAUAUUAUCCUGUCCUCUAUUAUGAAAUGCCCUCUGGACAUUAGCAAGUAUGAACUUUGGAAUAAAGCUCAGCUUAAUGCU